UGCACUUAUCAACCCUCAAAUGUACAGCAGUUGUUACAGGUACGCUGAUGAGACUAAGACAGUGCGGAAAUCUAUUUCACUGAACACUAUUUUUGUGUUUUGUCCAUAACGACUAGGGAAUGUUUAUAGCAUUGAAUUAUGUGGCCAGGUGUCAUCUUUCUUGUAUUGCUGGGGACCACUUCCGGUAUCAGUGGAUACGGAACAGGUGCCCCGAAAGUCGACUCCGUUUGUUUUAAUCGUCUACCAAGGCAUGGUGUGACGUCACAAACAGCAGACAUUCCUUACGUCAUAAGAACAAUUGUGACAAAGGCCGGAGGGAAUUAUGACAUCACUGUCAAUAUGACGUCAACAAAUGGAAGUGCCAUCAAGGGCUUUGUAGUUCAGAUGAUACCGGAAAUGACGGAAUUAUAUUUCAAGGAUAGCCGGAAACCAAUUGGAAAGUUUGAGUCAAAUGAUGACGUACAACUUCUUAGCUGUCGGUCUAACAGUGACACGGCGACACAUACCAAUAACGACGAGAAGGAGCUGGUAGUAAUACGAGGGAAGAUCCCGGUCGGUGGAGUUCAUCGAAAAAUCUCGAUACACGCCACCUUGGUGAAGAGAUACGACAUUUUCUGGAAUGAUGUGACGUCAGAGGUUGCUGUAGAGCCAGAUAUCCUUGCUGACGACCCCUCAAUCGAAUGGCUUAAACUUGUGACAAACUUAGCAGUAAGUUACGAGGCUGGUCAGGACCAAUGGGAAGAUGGCAUCAAAACGAGGCUUAAGCUGGGAUACUACAAAAUGGUGGACGACUGGGGCCAUCUCAAAACAAAAUACAUAGAGGAACAACUUCCGUUCAAAGAUCAAUUUCGGAGAGCUGAAAAAGUGUUAGACGGUGAAGGCAAAACCGCCAAUACGAGUUCAAAAGAAUCGAUCGUUGAAGAGUUCCUCACAGGAAGUUUCCGGCUUAAGGAAUCGGUGCAUGAUAUACUGGAAUCAAUUUCUCUCUCAUGAGAAUGUUUUGUUUCACUUUUUUGUCAGUAACAAAAACGGUUUUGUUGUUAAUGAUUUUCUUACAAAGUUGCUUGUUUUAAGCAUUGAAUCUUGCUUUGGUCGAUUUCACGGGGUGAUGAAUUGAGUUGGUCUUGAAGCAGCUGAUGUUUAAUUUGAUACAAGACCAACUCAAUUCAUCACACAAUGAAAUCUACCAAAGCACGAUUCAAUCUUAUAUUAAAAUCAACGGGUGUAUUUUUCGAUAAUUGGAACUUUUUAAGUCCAUUCUGAUAGUUUGUCCAGAGUUCUAGAGCUUGUGCAAGUCUCUGUAUUGACGUAAUAUACAAAAUAUAGUCCGUCAUUGAAGGACCAUCAUGCUACAGGUUGGUGUACGUUGAUAGUUCAAUAUAGCCAAAUUAUGUAGAAACAAAACACGAAACCAUAUUUCAAAUAUCAUAUUUUUAAUUUUUGUUGAUGAAUUGAUAUAUUGUAUGAUAUCUGACGCGUCGUUGCGGAAGAAUAAUGUCUAGAAGCGGUGCGCAGGCUCGGCUGCGAGUCUACGGCAGCCAUCUUUUCACUUGCUCGAAGUGGAGAGCAGCUACAUUUCGACAUUCUACGUCUUCUGGAAUGGGAAGCUUCAGCACAUGUAAUUAAAUGUCGAAUUAGACAGGAAACCAGACGUGGCUUGAAAGGAUGAAACAAUUUGAUAUGGAAGUUGACUGUUCGACUGCAUUUCUUAUAAGACGGGACCACAUGGAUCUACGUUAGUUUCGAUUUGUACCGGGGGUUGAUACUGACACAAGAGAUAGAAUGGGUAGAUGGAUGGAUAAUUGCUUGGGCAGUACAUGACUUGUCUCUACCGGUAGCAGCCUGGAGCUGAUAAUAUUUUGCUGAUUGAUCGUUUUUAGUUGUUUGAACAAUUUCUUGUGUAGCUUCAAUAAAAAUGCAAAAUUUCAUCAAGUGGUAUCUUCUUUGUUUAAACAUAUCAAUAGUCAUCUCCCGUUGCAAAAUUAUAUGCACAGGCAAUGCUAAUCUGGUCAAUUCAUCAGCAAAUGAAACAGGUUACAUUUGGUAGUUUCAUUGAGUCUAAUUUAAGUAGGCAUUGGAAUAUUCAUCUUUGAAUAUUAUUUGUGAAACGAUAUCUGAGC